CUCCCGCCCCAUCAUGGAGCACAGGUCGGAGCAGCAUGUAGCCUGCGCGCAGCGCGAUCGUCGCUUCGCCAUUGUCGCGUGAAGAACGCACGCGCCUCGGGCAGCUGAGUCUUUUUGUGGGGCCCGUGCCUCGCGCUUGUCAGGUCAGUUUUAUGAACGCGGGUCUUGGUCGACACGCGUUUCCGCGAGUGUGCGAGAGAUAGGUGGUCGUGCGGGGCUGUCGUCGUCGUCGUCGAUGCACGUACGCGUUGCAUCGUCCUCGUCGUCGUUGUCGUCGCUGUUAUUGUCAUCAUCGACGUCAUCGUCAUCGUCGGCUGUCCCUGUGACACGAGGGGCACAUCGGCCGAGUCCUCAAGGUAGAGGACCCGGAGAGGAGACCCCGUGACAUGUCGACGUCGCGAGUGCCCAGGAGGUCGCGGCAGACGCAGUGACGGUUCCGUCAGCAGCCCGAUGACGUCAGCGGCAUCACGAUAUGAUGGAGUCCAUCAGAAAAUGGUUUUACAGGCCUAAGAGGGAUGACACGAGUCUGCUGGCUCAGUUCUUCUACGCCGACGAGUCCUUGAACGCGGUCGCCUGCGAAUUGGACUCCUUUGACGGUCGACAGGAGCCGGAGAGAUGCACGACAUUAGUGAAUCAGUUGCGACAUUGUCAGGACAAGGUGCUGACAAUCUGCAACCAGAUCAUGGAUGACCUGAUCCCCGAGAGUCGCGCCAACCGAGACUUCAGGGUAAAAUUCCCCGAUGACGUGAUGCAGGAAAAUCUGGCCGGCCAGCUUUGGUUCGGCGCGGAAUGCCUGGCUGCCGGUUCGUCGAUCAUGAACCGGGAGGCUGAGAGCUCGGCCAUGAGACCUUUGGCAAAAGCCCUCACUAAGUCGCUGGAGAUUGUCAGAAACUUGUUGAGAGAGCACGCGCUCAAAGGUCACAUGAAUUUGAAGACACAAAAUCCUCUCGAGCCAUCGCUGGAAAAGCUGAUCGAGUCGCUAAAAAUUUUCGAUCGACUGUUCGCCGAUUUCGAGCUGUGUUACGUAGGCGCUAUGGUGCCAGUGAAGUCAACGAAGGAGUACGAACAGCAGGAGCUCGUAUGCGUCCUAUUUUCCGAGACUUUGCAAAGAGCGCUCGAGCGCGGAUUGUUGGACCAAGCGGACGUAGACAACUACGAACCGGCUUUAAUGUUCACUAUUCCUCGACUGGCUAUUGUCUCGGGACUUUUGGCACCACCUGGAGGACCUUUGUGCCUCAAUUCGCCCGAUACCAUAAGCGAGAUGUUUCGACCAUUUAGGACUCUUCUUCUCAAAAUAAGAGAACUGUUAUGGACGUUAAAUAACCGAGAGUUGUACAUGUUGGAAAAGUUAUUGUGUUCAAACGAGGAACCAUCAAGCUCGAUCACGCAGUCGACGAAGUCGACGUGUCAGGACAUACCCGACCUGGAGGAAUACGUACACAAUUUUUAUACCGGUUACCCAAACUGCAAGGAAUUUAUUGUUGAUUUCUACACUGUGACAAGGAACACGGGUAACAAUAUGGACGAAAUAGCGAGCGACGCGGUGCAGUCGUUGGACGAAGGAACCAAAGUGACCGACCAGUCAGCGGCGAGCAGGAAGCACGAGCAGGAUAGAGAGGGCCGCAGAAAAAAGAGGAGUGGCGCGGAAGCUGGCCGCACAAACUUAAACAUAUCCACGGACGAGUGUGAUAAUAACGUAACGUGUAAUAGCGGCGAAAAGACGCCGAGUGACGGAGAAAGUGCUGGUGACCGAGUGCGAUGCAACGCGGAACGUGAACUCUCCGACAACGGACGGUUUGAUCAUGAGCGUGAUUCCGUUUCCGACGGCGAAGCGCCGCGCGAAAACGACGCCAGUGAGAGUUUCAGCUCUAUAAUAGAAAACGAUAUUGGGAGACCGGACAUGACGACGGACGGCGGCGACUCCUCGAGCACCGUCGAGGACACGCGACACGAGAGGAGCUUCAUCACGCCCGACGUAACGCAGAUGCUCGAGGGAUGUUCGGACAACAUAGAGAUCCCGCAGACUCAGUAUUUGCUUAAUCAGGUCGCUCGCGACAACACCGCGGAGGUGGACGAAGCCGCGCAGCACAUAGAAAACUCCUUACCCGAUUUGGAUUCCAAAAAACUCAUCUCAGAGGCGAACAAGACACUCUCGAGCUUUCUGUUGGACACUGGAGAGUGUCCAAACGAGAUCUCGGAGCAGACGGACUCGGGCAUAUGUACGGUGAUCUCGUCCGAGAACACGAGCUUGUACGAUAAAAGCCCGGAGGAAAAGAAGACCUUCGCAAAUGAGAUUCAGCAGGAUGAACACGGCGUGUCGGACGAGGAGGAGGACGCGCAGGAAAACACAAGCUACUCCUGCUCCAACAUGAACUCGCCGAAGCGAAAGAAUUCCGCCAUCCUGGAGAAUUCAUGUGUCUGUGGCACGCGCAGCGCCAAGACGGUUGCGCCCACCUUGGAUCACUCGGUGGAGGUACGUGGUGGCUUGCAGGCGAACGGGGAUGGAGAAUCCGGCAAAAACAUUCCACGAAUAUCGUCGAACUUUGACGGCACUAACGAGGAAUUUAUCGGCGUGGCGUAUGGCAACGGCCAAUUAACUCUCUGCGACUCUAAUCAAUCCACCUUUCAGAUAAAUUAUUCCGAAAAUUGGGAAAAUCUCAACUUGAAUAUUGACGCGUCAACCUCGAGAAAGGAAUUCUGGGGCGACCUCAAGUGCGAGAACUGCCCGUCGACCUCCCAAAGCAUCGACAGAAUCGGCAGUAAGAUCGAGAGAUACGCGCAGGAUAAGACGAGGAAGGCAAGAGACGAGAGACAACGACGACGGCACCAGCACAAGCUGGACCGAAACUCGCAGCGGAUCCAUCACGGUAGAGAAAAGAGACAAAACUUGCACAUUAUGCGCUCGGCAACCAGCACCGAGAGCUCCAGAUCAAACUCGACGGACCGAUGCUUGAAUCCUCGUCUGAGCAAUUUCGGCGCCAGCUUGCACCUCGGCCAGAGCACGCGACAAAUGCCGAACUUUGGGAGUCACAGUCCGCACAUGAGUCCGAGGCUCCAUCAUUUCGAGUCGCGCAGCACUCCGAAUUCCGGACAACGCUGUUGCAACUCGGGAUCACAGGUCGCAAACAGGAACUCGUCACCGCAGAGCCGGAAGCUGCUGGAUCACAGAAGAUCAAAGUCCGAGCAGAUCGCGAGAAUGAAGCGGAGAGACGUCGAGAAGCGGGAGAGGCAUGAGCGGGAAAAGUACGCGCGUUCGGAGCACGCUAAGAGGAAGUUGGGGAACGGCAGUGCCAACAGUAGUCUGAACGACGGAUUGGGCCCGAGGACGGACAAGAGCGGCUUAGCGGAGACUACCACUGUGGCACAGGGCACCGCAGUUUCUCACGAGUUUCAAAACGCACGAGACAAUCAUUCGCAGAGAUCUGCGCGUGCGAUGAGGCUGGUUAACGCGUCGACCGUAUCGUGCCUGAACUCGGAUCAGUCUUUCAACUACAAAGCCGACGUGGCCUCGAGCUCUAGCUGCUCGAGCUGCUGCGACUCGAGUUCGGAGACCAGCGAGUUCCACAGCGACUGUCAGGAUGACGAAGAGAUCGCGUUAGCGAUGCAGGCCGCAGAAAUAGCAAACAGAAACCAAAUCAGGGCCAAGUUUCGAUCCUCGGAAGACCUGGUUCAUCGUCUGUUCGUCUGCAUAGCGGGGGUGGCGGAUCAGUUGCAGACGAAUUUUGCGUCUGACUUGCGGAACAUUCUGAAAUGCGUUUUCCUCAUGAACAGUAGUCAGAUGAUGGAAGAGGAUGAUGGAUCGAAGGAUCCAAAUUCAGUCUCCACGAAUCAAUCGGCGGACUCGCCGAGCGACACGGCAGAGACGGAAAGCAUUCACGAACGGCAAGAACCGUUGCCAGAAUACGAAGACGUGGAGGAAACCGCUUUGACGCACGACCGAGCUUCGCCUGUCACCGAGAGGGGUGAGGAGUGCGUCGAGAGAGCGCCCGCUUGGGUGCCGGACAACGACGCGCCGAGAUGCAUGGCCUGUCAGGCGGGAUUCACGGUCGUGCGACGCAGACAUCAUUGUCGCAACUGCGGCAAGGUGUUCUGCGGCCGUUGUAGUAGCAACAACGUCCCACUGCCUCGUUACGGGCACACGAAACCCGUGAGAGUGUGCAACAGGUGUUUCCUGUACCAAGUGACGCCUUUUAUGGUCUCCCAAGUCACGUCCACCAGCUGAAUAUUUCCAGAGUGGCUCGUCAAUCGGAUCACUUUCUAUUGAAUUCCCUGUAUGCUAUAGUCUUUCAAUGUGCAACGUAAAUCGCGCAAAUUUGACAACCGUUUCUCGUAAUAAAAAUUCACUAUUCUUGCGAUAAGAAAUCGUAUUUACAAGUUCUCUUAGACGAGCCGGACGAAUCGUGUAAUUAUGUCAGAUAUUUGGCCGGCAUUAAGAACUUUAGUCCAAUGAAUUAUGGCCGCUAGCUUCGUUAGUCGAAGCGUGUCGCUCCAUUCUGGAAGCUGAAGUAAAUUGUCAGAGCACUCGGUCAGAUAUUCGUUUUCCUCUUCUCUCCUACAUUUUAAGUGGUAUAAACGCAUAUUGGAUAUCAAGAGGUCCGGUGGCAUCUGAAAUUCGUCCGAUUUUCACUGUAUAGUUUGUAAAAAGAGAAACCAUAGAGACCCGCCGUUUAUCGUAUGAUAACGAGAACAAAACAAAUUGGAGGAAAGUCGCGGUACCACCGGAUCGCUUUCUCGCGUUGUUCGUACACUUAUGUGCACUUAAGCUAUAAAAUUAGAUAUCGGCGCUAAUCGCUCAUAUUUUUACACGUCGUGAUUAGAUAUUGUUCGAGAAAGUGUUAGCGCGAUUCGUGACAGCUGCGACAACGCAAUUUGACUUGUGUAGACUGCGAGAUUCUCUGUAAAUUGUUCACGUUUACUUAGGAAGGUUCCGUCUUCGUAUAUAACAUAUUAAGCGACUGUACAGAAAACUACUUAUUUGCAUAUCAAGAUUAUCUUUAUGUUAUUAUUACUUACUCUUUUUCUAUACUUUCUCUUUUUCUUUUUUUUAUUAUAUUAUUAAUAUUCUGUUAUUAUCUCAGUUAUAACGUUAUAUUAUUUCUUACUAUUUCACUGUAAAUUUAGACUUUAUAAAAAAACGUCGUUAUUUAAAGCAAAUACUUGUCAAUUUUUUGAGUUGUAGAUGCAAAUUCUUACUAGCAGAAUGAUUAGACGAUUUAUUUUAAUUAAGAGUCACCAAACUUCUUCCGCGUUCUGUUUCUCCCUUGAAACAAGACAUAAGACUAAUACGGAUAUGUGCGCCGUUAAGUUACAUCGAUACAUUUAUAGUGAAAUCACAGUGUAAAUAAUAUUCUUGGUACAUGGUCAUAAACUUAUGGUGAUUAAUUAUUAUUUAGAGUUAUUGAAGCGCCGAGCGCAAACACUCGAAACAACCCGAAGUUAAAUCAAGUGUAAUCAAUUGCAGCAAGUUUUCGGGUAAAUGCACAAGUGAUGAACGUCGUUACAUCGCUGUUACCUCGAAGAAGAUUCACAUGAAGAGAUUCCUUUAGAGAUUUCCAAGUAACUUGUUUCUCUCGUUACGAUAAUGAAGAAUUUCACAUUUGUGUUUUCGAUAAGUUUAGAUUGUCGGUUGACAUGAUUUUCCGUGAUAACAAAACUUUUUCUCCGUGGAACUUGAAACUUGUACAUCACUCUCGAAGCAUCAAAAACAUAUACAGUGUAUAUACAUCCGUACGAUGCGGAUAGGGUGUACAUGUCUGAUGUACACGCUUACAUGAAUAACGGUAACUUUAAGGGAAAGUGUAAACGAAGAAAUUUCGCGUUCAACAGUCGGGCCACGCCGUACGACGUUAUCGCCGUGAUAGAAUUUCUAAACGUCCAACUGCCUGCUAAAGUAUAUAUUUCAAAGUAUAUAUAUACACACAGGUGUGAUCAGCACAUACACGCUAGCUCCUGUGCCAAAUUUUACGACAAUAAGUUUCCUCCCGUUCUCUUACAAUUUACUCGCACGCAUUUUGUUCCUAUCGGAAGGCAGAUACGUCCGUAGCAUCGCGCUGAGACAUAUUUUCAGGAUAUAGUAUAUGCGUGCACCUCGAUUAACCCAUUAACGGUCAGUGUCCCACUUUUGCGACAUAAUAUUUAUAACGAACCAAAUUAAACACAUGAAACAUUUUCAGAAUGUUUUAGAUUACUAAAUCAGUCAAAAUCAUCGACGAAUAUAAGAGAUAAUUCAAUUACAAAUUUAGCAAAUAAAAUUAAUUAGAGAGGUUUUAUAUAAAAAAAAUAUUUAAAAUAUAAUAUGGCGCUUAAUGGGUUGAUAAAAAGACUGGUUGAAUUCACGGAUGGUUCGUUCAUUAUCGUUUCGAGCAUUAUUUAUAAUUAUUAUAAAUUCCAGGUCACAAAUUCGCGUUAUCGAUUUCGCUUCCGACUGUAUCCCACUAUAUAUGCGUAUAUAUAUGCGUAUAUAUAUGCGAGCCGUCGUGUCGGUGAAUCUUAGAAGAUGCGAAAAAAAUAACGAUCAAUUUCACCGUCAUUCUCUCAAGCGCUCAUAAACAAAUCUUAAUUUUUCAAUGCGCCGUAUCGGUGUUUGAGAAUUUAUCACAAGUCGAAAUAAUUUAACAAUGAUUCGCACCAUUGACACGGAACAGAGAAAGCCUUAAUGAAUUUUGGACUUGUAGAAUGUCGGUGGAAUUGGCUGUUAUGGCAAUCAAUGUAGAAAUGAAAACACAUCAUGGUCAUGUAUAAACGAUUGUAUAAAUCGGGCGGCGAGUCGAUUUGCUGCAGUUCGCGUCAACGAAGGAACGACGACGUUAAUUUGAACCGACGUGUAUCGAUUAAUCCGAUGUUCGGGCCGGCCGUAUUUACAUCGCCGUAGUUACGAAUAUCGAUUUUCAUACGCACAUCACAGCGUAAUAAUGUUCCUCAAAUUGGAGACAAAUAGCGACACCGGAUACAUAAGAGAUUUUAAGAUCAUUGUACUAUACUAUACUGUACUAUGACCGAUAUCGCGCGCGUACAUCACAAAUUCAAAUAGGACUGUUCGAAAAAAGAAAUAUCGUAUAGUGUCCACGGAAGCAGUGGGAAUAUUUGCGAGACGCGUAAGAUUAAUAAAAGAAAGAGAAAGGAAAAAAAGCAGAACUAAUUUAUCUCGGUGGGAGCACAUCGAGUAGAGAGAGAAAGAAAGAAAGAAAAAAGAGAAAAAGAAAAAGAGUAUACCUCUGAGAUACGAACGUUUAGGAGGAGAAUUAUUUUUUACACGUAAUCGAUGCCUUGCUAGAAUAUCGUGCUUUCGAUUAUUGGACGCGAGGGAACGCCGCUCGCAUAAAAAAGGAGCUCUAAAAGAGCUGCUAGCAUGAGACCGUCACUAGUGUGUCAUCUCCCCUAUACGCGCGAAUCAUUUUGGUAAUCAGGAUUUCCCCUGUGCCUAAUGUCGCAGGCUAGCCUGUGAAUAUAAACUACAUAGGAACGAGGAGGGAGAAAAGGAAAUAACGGAAUGCGUGAAAAAUUCAAGAUAAAGCGAAAUAUAGAGUGGAUCAAAGGUCACGAUGUCGUGGCGCGAGUAAAUUCGAAAGAAAAACUUUGAUUAAUAGAAACGCGAGGAAUAAAAAUAAAAAAUUAAUGACACUCAAUUGUAUUCACGCGAAAUAAACGUUACGGGACAAAAUACGGGCUAGAGUUGCGAAUGCAACUCUCUUUCGGCGUGGUGAUUUUGGUCCACUCGACACACCGAGGGGGUCACGAUCUGCCAAUUAAUUAAGAAAUUUCGACUACGAGGUGACGAAAUGUACCUCGGAAUUAUUUUUGUAUUAUUUGCUUAAGUGUACGCGUAGAGACGUGUCCUUAGCGCGUUCGACGGAUCGCCUUUCAAGCGGAGCAAUGGUCCGGUGGUUUGCCGUUGUCCGGUGAUGAUUGGUAACAGCGUGUAAUCAACGACGUUAAAACGUUAAUUGCUGUUAAUGACGGGAUUUGACACCGAAUUCACUUGCGAUCGGUAUCAGAGAACCGACGCGAUACAUGAUGUCGCGUCAAUGUUUCGGGCUGGCGAGAAAGGUACUUUGCGGGAGUGAAUGCAACUGUCAGCGUACGUGUACGCGUGUGAGUAUGUAUGUGGAUGUGUGAGUGUGUGAGUGUAUAUGUGUGUGUAUGUGUGUGUGCAUGUGCAUUGCAUACAUGCAAACGAAAAGUUAUUCGCAAUUAUAUUGAAUUGCGAGACGAGAUGUCUCGCGAAUACUUGAAUGCACUGUGUGGUUUCGGUAAUGGACGUAUUAAAACACGAAUGUAAAUAAAGUUUGUUAUUCGAGGUGUUUAAA